UUUGGCUGUUACAUAUUGCUUGAGCAACAUAUCAACAUGGUCUGGUUUAAAUUUGUUUUAGUUCCUUCUGGUUUAUUGCUUUUGCUGUCAUGUUCAUGCUUAAUUGAUGCUCAAUAUUGUGAUGGAGGAAUGUUUUACAAUUGUACAACAGGAGAAUGUGAAUCAUUGGGUGUUGGUUAUGUUUUUCAACUUGACAGAACUUGCUACAAUAUUACAUACAAAACUUCAAAUAGCACUGUGACUCCAGGAACAUACUUAUUCUCUUUUACAAUUUUCAUUGAAGAGGGAACUACUGGAACAAUUGCAGGUUUUCGUGAAACUCAAAUCAUUAUAUUUAGCGGACCUUCAGAAUCAGCUUUUAGUACAGUUCUAUACCCACCAACAAGUAAUAUUACUAAGGAAAUUAAUGCUGGACGUGCAAUUGAUGAUGAUGAGGAACUAACAUAUGGCAGCUACAGUACUACUAUCAGAAUGGUUUUAGUUCCACCAUUCAGGCUUGUUGUUUAUCCAGUUAAUAUAGAAAUUGUUGAUCCAUGUGCUGACAUUAACUGUAAUCCAAAUGGUGCCUGUUCUAAUGGAGUUUGUGUAUGUCAUCCUGGAUUCACUGGACCAGACUGCAAUACAGCAUAUGAAUUUGAUCCCUGUUAUAGCUCACCUUGUGCUAAUGGCAAUUGCACGUACAUACCACCCAACCUAUUUACAUGCAGUUGUGAGCCAGGAUACACUGGAGACACAUGUAAUGCAGAGAUUGAUCAUUGUGAAGGAGCUGAUUGUGGUAAUGGAGCCUGUAUCAAUACACCAGCCAUUGGUUACACAUGUGAGUGUCAGUCUGGCUACACUGGAGACCACUGUUCCAUUAAUAUCAAUGACUGUCAUCCUAAUCCUUGUGUUAAUGGUAUAUGCACUGAUGCUGUGGCUGGAUACACUUGCAGUUGCUUCUAUGAUUGGACUGGAACAGACUGUGACAUUGAAAUAAGCUCCUGCUGCCCAAAUCCUUGUAUGUCUAAGAAUUACAUGUACUGCAUUGAUGGUAAUGGUACUCACACUUGUGUAUGUCAUCCUGGAUACACUGAUGCUAGUUGUAGCACUGAUAUUGAUGAGUGUGAUCCUAAUCCUUGUCACAAUAAUGGGACUUGUACUGACAGGAUCAAUGGAUAUGAUUGUUCCUGUCCUUCUGGUUAUUAUGGCCAUAACUGCUCAGAUAUAUUUGAUGCCUGCUCACCUAAUCCUUGUCACAAUGGUGGCAACUGCAGUAUAGUUGAUCUGAAUAAUAGUACCUGUACAUGUCCUGUUGGUUUUACAGGUGAUACAUGUGAAAAUGUUACAUGUGAGGAUGGUACAUCAUGCUUUAAUGAUGGUAUAUGUACUGUCAUUAAUAAUACAAUCAAUUGUUCUUGUCCUCCUGGAUACAGUGGACUAAAAUGUGAAUCGGAUAUUAAUGUAUGUUCACCAAUCAGUCCUUGUCCUAAUGAAUGUACAUGUUUAGAUGGACCUGGAUUAAAUUAUACCUGCUCUUGUCCUGUUGGACUGUGUUAUCUAAAUCCAUGUCAAAAUGAGGGUCAGUGUAUUCCUGAUAAUAAGAGUUCAUCAUACACUUGUAAUUGUGCUGAGAAUUUCUCUGGCUCAGAUUGCAAUGAAACACUUCCUAACAAUAUGUCAUGUAGCAGUGAUGAUGAUUGCCCUAGUUCAACCUAUUGUUAUUAUCAAUGUAGUUCAGAUGACUACCCAAAGCAUUCUUCACUGAUAACUGAGCCUGUUGAUCUAAGUGGGAAUUCUUUUAUAAAUGUACAGCAGUCAAAAUUCCCAUCAUUUAAUGAUGAUUUUUCUCUUUAUGCUGUCUUUAGUCAGAAUGCUUCUAAUCGUGGUUACCUUUUCUUUUAUGGAACCUCUGGUAUUUCAAGAAACUUCGCUAUUUUCCUUGACCAUAACAGUUCAAAGCUUUGGUUCUAUUACACAGACAUGUCUGGUGUCUCAAGAAACUUUAGUUUAUCAUUCUCCUGGAGCAGUAAUGAGGUCCAUCAGCUGGUUCUGACAUAUAAUCAAGCAACUAAAAUUACUAAUUUCUUUUUUGAUGGUUUGCUAUUAGCUGAUGGUGUACAGACACUAGUGAAUCCUAACUUUAGUUAUGGAUUUGCUUCUACUUCUCCCAAAGUAUUCAUUGGAGCUCGUCUGCCUCACUAUUUUCAUUUCAUUGGAGCAAUUCACCAAGUUGUUUUCUUUAAAGAAGCACUCAACAGCACAUUCAUAUCACAGCUAAUGGAUGAUUAUGAUACACUAGUCAAUCUAUCAGGUGUAUGCACUAACUAUCUACAGAUUGGAGCUACUUGCCCAGCUCCUUCGGCAGCUCCUUCAGCUCUUUGUCAAUCAUCAAUAAGCAAGUGUAACCCUAAUGCCAGAUGCUUGCCUGAUGUUGACUAUCGAUAUACUUGUCAGCCACAACCAGUUGUAUGUACAUCAGACUCAACAUGUCAACCAAACUACUACUGCAGCAGUGGUACUAUACCUAAUGAUAACAGUAACUAUUACCAAAACUCAGACAAAUCAUUACCAGGCCAAAGUGUAUUUCUACAAGAGAAUUUGAUGCACUUUUCUGAAGAGAGCAUUACCAGAACAAAUGUCCUACCAGUUCACAAAGUCCCAGAUCUUGUCUCAGACCUCACUAUAUUUGCUAUUGUGACUCAAGAGCCUGGUAAUGAUGGCUAUGUGAUUGGAAAAGGUCUCAAUGAUAAAAUGAGAGACUUUGGUCUUUAUCUGCGUAGCUCAAAAAGCACAAUUUGGGUAGCAUAUGGAUCUGAUGAUAAAGGUGUUGGAUUCCAUGAUAUUGUAUUCUUUUAUGAUGUCAAUGUUGCUGAUGGGAAUGAGCACUCAGUGACAGCAGUCAUUGAUGGUUCAGCUAGCAGUGCAUCUCUUUAUAUUGAUGGAGUAUUGAGAGGAUACCAGUGCCCAUUGCCAGUCAAACCAGCCUUCAGACCUGAUUAUAACAUUCUUUAUGUGGGUGGCAGACCAGGUACUAAAAGAUUUCAAUUCAAAGGAUCCAUCAGAAACCUCUUCAUUGGAUCUGGUGCUUUCCAGUAUGACAAUGUCAAGCAGUUACAUGAUGAUGCAUUUGAUGGUGACAGCUCUCUUAGUCUUGAGACAACAGACACUCAAUAUUGUUUACCAUACAUUAGUAGUAAUGAGAGGUGUAUUGUUGGAAAUAAUAAUGAUUUUAGGUAA